CCUCUUCUUUUAAUUGUCCAAAAGAUUUCAUUUCUGUCCGUCUCUCUCUCUCUCUCUCCUUUUCCAUCUUGUGCAGAGAGCUCUCUCUCUCUCCAUAAGUACGUCACUUUCUCUCUCUUUGUGCGUCUGCCUCUUCUUUCGCUUUUAUUUUUAUCUCCGUGCUCCCUCUUUUUUCCCCCGCAAGUUUUUAGUUUUUCUUUUUUGAACUGAGAACCAAGCAGAGAGGCGUAGGGAGAGUUUUUUUUUUUCUUGUUUCUGUUGCUGUUUCUCUAUUAUAUACACAACAUAGAUACUAGUAAGAUACAAAAAAAGAUACAAUGUCGGCUUUCAGAGACCAAGAUCCUCGCAUCCAUGGCAUCCAAACUAAGAUUCGCGUUGUCCCCGAUUUCCCCAGAGAAGGUAUCAUGUUUCAGGAUAUCACAACUCUACUACUGGAUCCCAAAGCGUUCAAGGACACGAUCGAUUUGUUCGUUGAGCGAUAUAAAGGGAAAAACAUUUCGGUUGUUGCAGGAAUAGAGGCACGAGGAUUUAUAUUUGGACCUCCUAUUGCAUUGGCAAUUGGAGCAAAGUUUGUUCCAUUGAGAAAACCAAAGAAAUUGCCUGGUGAAGUUAUUAAAGAAGAGUAUGUUCUGGAAUAUGGAAGUGACUGUCUUGAGAUGCAUGUUGGAGCGGUCAGUGCAGGGGAACGUGCUUUGGUGGUUGAUGAUUUGAUUGCUACUGGUGGCACCCUGCGAGCAGCUAUGAAUUUACUUGAACGUGCUGGAGCAGAAGUUGUUGAAUGUGCUUGUGUAAUCGAAUUACCAGAUUUAAAAGGUCGUGAGCGAUUGAAUGGCAAACCCUUGUAUGUACUUGUGGAAUCCCACUAAUGAUGGCAGAUUAUGAUUAUCCUGCAUGAUGAAAUGUACAUUAGAGGGAUAUUGCUGGUUACUCAUCUGGAAUCUGCAUUAGGUUUAGCCCCACUGUAUCCGUGAUGAGUGAAUUUUCAAGAAAACAAGGUGGUUGGGAACCUUAUUUUUACCAGUUAGCUUAGAAACAUUGAUUUUAUGUGAAGGAAUGGAUUUGGAAAAGAAAGGCUUUUAGGAAUCUCUUAUUCUUUUUCCCCUCUCUGGAAAAUGAAUCUAUAUGACUCAA